UUUUGGUGUCACUACGAAUAUGCAGUAGCAACGACGAUUUUGCUAGAAGAACAAAAUUAUUUUUCUCCGUGUACGGUUAACAGAGUUGUGGCGGGCAUUAAUACAUAGAGGAAGGUUGCCUCUAUCAUAUGUUUAUACAAUCAGUCACAAUAAUCAGUUACCUGAGAAAUUGUAACUUCGAAAUUCUAAGAUAUAGGCAUCUAGCCCCGAUUUCCCCCACACACUUCGCGGUGUCGAAUGUCGAAUCGCACCAGGCAGCGGUCAGCAUACAGCACGUGCAAUCGUGCACAACUCGCGGAAUAUAUUCUCCUAUGAUUUGAACGCGACCCGAGUAUUUCGCACACGCUCGUACUAUUUAUUGCUAGAAUCCAUCCGCGGCCGUCGACCUGCGCUACAUGUCGGCCGAAUAAUUUUAGAUAGAAACAGGAUCCGAAUUACAGGAGCGCGACUUCGUGAUCACAAGGAAAAACACCUGGCACGGUCAAGAUCAAUGAAUACCGGCGCGAUUGCUGCCUUCUCGAUUAUAACUCGCGUUGAUUAGGCCGACGCGCUAAGAUCCCUCGGAUACCAAAUUAUUAAUAUCCCUCUCGCUCGGAUGUAAAGAUUAAUUUUCUUUGAAUGCGUGGAUUUGCGCCUGACGCGAAUACCCAAUCUAAUGUCCCCCGACGGACGCAAAGCCAGGAAGAUUACUUAUGUCGAGAUCAGUAGUGUAAUUAAUCGGAUUGGUCUCUCACAAAUGCUCAAUUUAAGAGGAGGUUCUGCUUUAAAUAGCCGAAAAAUAGUAGGAAUUUUUUUCAAAGGAAUGGAUGAAGAUACUGGUAUAAGGUCUCGACUAUAUUAUCUAUCAUUGUAUGUAGUAUAAAAAAUUAUUAAUUAAAAAAAUUAUUAAUUAAGAAAAAUUGAUAUUUUUCCAGGUUUUUUGUGCUGAGCGCAGUGAUGUCUUUAAAUGGUGGAUAAUAUGUAUUACAGCUCGUAUAAUGCUCGUGUAAACUGAUACAAGCGAGAAACAAGGAAAUAUAAAAACCGUAUUGAACUUUUUGGAAGAUGAAACUAAAUUCUGCGAAAAAUAUCUAGAAUUACUGUUUUUCCCGAAACAUUAAACGAAAAUAAAAGAGAGAAAAGAGAUGAUUUGUAACAUGCUGACAUUUUUUAAAAUUUUGAUUUUCUAUGUAUAACGUAUGUUCAUCCUCCAACAAAUUUAAUUAGUAGUUUUGAAAUUUUCUUGUUUCAUUUGUUCUAGAUUAUUAGAGCUGUGUAAUAUUGUUAAUCGAUUAGAAGGGUCCGGUAAUACCGAGCAAAAAAUCUGGACAACGGAAUUAAAUUUUUUUUAAAUCAAAGAAUAAUUUUUUGUGCUUAGAACAAUAACAAAUAGUACGGUUAAGAUUCUAUAUUAAUCUUUAUAUAAAUAUUAUUAUUAUUAUACAUUUUUUUGGUAAAAGAACUCGUAAAAACUUACUUUUUGACUAUCUAAACUAGAACCUCCUCUUAAUGUUUCCUAACGGAUGUAAGGCCAGCAAAAUUAUUUAUGUUAAGAUCAAUGACAAUAUGAAUAUUAUAAUGAACAGAGAAAGAAAGAGCAGAAAUGACUUGUAACUCUUUGAAGUGCCGGCAUUUUUUAAAAUAUCGACUUUCUGUGUAUAAUAAGUAUUUUUCCUCCAGUAAAUCUAAUAGCAGUUUUCAGGUCUCACUUGUUCCAGAUUAUUACAAGCUGUAAUAUUAUAAAUAAUAUACAUAAUUACAAGAGAUUACGAGAGAUAAUAGCAAGAGCUAUAAUAUAUAAUAAAUCUUGGUAUUAACAUUUCUUCAAGAGAAAUUGGUGCUUCUCGAAUAAAUCUCCGGGGAUUUUAAUGUUUCUGAUAUUAGCACUACACAUACAUCAUACGUAGCGAAAAACUCUCCAAGCUUUAUGCAAUAUAUAUUCGAUAUCGAUCAUACAUCAAGCUAAGAUUCUUCUGUAUGAAAUUUCAUCACGGCAACUAUAAUUCGCGUUUUCUCUGCAUCUUCAUAUUAAUCUUUUAACGUCCUUUUUAAUUCAACAUUUCAACCGAGUCGCGGUCUUUUGUGGCUCAGAAAAUAACGACGUGUUAAUGGUUCCCCGCGAUCAUUAGGAUCGUUUGUAGGACCGUGAGUGACGCUUUUCAUAAAUUUGACGAAAGAAACCGAUAUAUCACGCGCUCAGACUGACUCUCAAGACAGACUUGUCUCUUUCUCUCUCUCUCUCUCUUUCUCGCAGUGUCCUACGGAGAGAGCUUGCCAACAUUCUUCCCGCUUCUCAGUGUCCGUCUAUUUAUACUCGGGCUCGAAUAAAAUUCAUAGAUCUAGAAAAUCGUGGCCGGGACAAAAAGGAUACACCGCCGCUUAUUGCGUAGCACUCGAGGGAAAUUGCGCAAAUCUUCCUCGAGAAAACAUCUUCGGUGAGUGACACUGAACACCCACACCUACACGUUCGACAGGUUUACACGGCGCGAAUAGCGAACGCGCGACCACCUUUGUGGCCGCUUGGCGAAAACACUCGGCGACAAGUUCUCUCUCUGCAACCUUUCUGCAAUCUCUCUCCGCACGGAUCGCACGCAACACGCGUGGCCGAAAUCCCAUCGCGAUAGGAUAUUUCUUAGACGGCGUUAGCUGCUUCGAGAUGUCUCUCGGGUGGAUUGGGUGGAUUUAAAUGCAGCCGGACGCACAAUGCGUCCCGCGAGACAUAUUCGCCCCUCGAGAGCGCCGGACUGUCCCACCUCGUGACGGAUUCUCGACGAGGAUCCCGACGUGCGACUAGGGAACCUGUCACGGAUCACCGCCGCGCCCGGUGACCCAACUUCAAGUGUCCCGACUUGAUUACGGUAAAGAGACGAUCCCGAGAGAAUGUCGAGCUCGCCGCAAGUACGAAAAAUGCCCAGGCCGAAGAUCACGCUGCCGCUGCCCGGGCAAUAUUACCCGCAGUCAGGCAUGGGCUACGUGUCGACUCCGUAUGGACAAACGCCGGUGCCUAUGACGCCGGUUUCCGGCCAGCCGCAGAUGUUCUACUCCAACCGGGCGAGCGAGUUCGUUUUCACGCAAUUCAAGGGGAUCAAGGACUUCACGAAGUCUGGACUCAGCGUGGGAGAGAAGAGCGCCUUUUGGCUCUACGAGAAGUAUCGCCGGGGCGAUGAUCUUCGUGACGGUCGAAGGCACGCACGAGGAGAUCCUUCACUUCAACAUUCGGAAAGAGAGGAACGAAACGCUCAAUGAGAUCCGCGAACUUUGUGACGAUUCCGUGUUGGCGUCGGACAUGGAGCUUUGGAAAGGACGAGCGGCGAACCGUUUGAUGAAGUAUGAGGAACACCUGUACGAGUUUUAUAAGCGGGGUGUGACGGACCUCGGCCAGAAAGUAUGGACGUUCUGGAAUG